AUGCCUUAUAUAACCCCGAUUGGCGAGGAAUCUCCUCAGAACCGCGUUCAUAUCGCAGUGCUUGACACCGAUGUACCAUGUCCCGCCAUCUAUGCGAAACGUGGCAUGCACAGCUCGCGAUUUCGUGUUCUUCUCCAAGCUGCCGCGGGACGUCUCAAUCAAGAUGCACAAAAGUUGCAACAUGGAAAUAUCGGAAUCCAUGUGACGGCUUUUGACGCUGUGGGAGGCUCAUAUCCGCCACUUUCGUUCCUGCGAUCUAGUCCACGAUCUUUCAAUAGGACAAAUGCCAGUGAUUCGCCUGGGCCGAUCGAUGUGGUUUUGGUUACUGGUGCUGCUGCCGCGGCAUAUGAUGAUUUGCCAUGGAUUCCAGCCCUCCGUUCAUUCAUCCAAACAGUCUACGCUGAUUAUCCUUUUGUUAAGAUUUACGGAUCUUGUUUUGGCCACCAGCUUAUAGGCCAGGCAUUACUUGAAGGCCAAGAGUGUUCCAUGGGUAAAGAUUUCCCAUCAAAAAUCUCAGUUGAACCAUCAGUGCUGGGCCAUGAAAUUGGAGUCCAUCCUAUUGUACUGAAUUCUCAAUUCAGCCGCCGAUUUUCCUCAGUCGCUCAGUUUUCGUCAGAACGACCAGUUCAAUUACAAGUCAUUCACGGUGAUAUUGUGACCCCCUCACAAGAUAUUCCCUCGCAUAUAGGCCAAAAUGAGCUUGUACUCCCAGGGCCAUGGAUGAAUAUCGGAAGCAGCUCCAAAUGCCUUAUUCAAGGGCUCUUUCAUCCUGGUCGUGUCCUCACAUUGCAAGGUCACUUUGAAUUUGACGCAUUUGCAUCAGGCGAACUAUGCCGCCAGUUCGCACGAACAUACAACUGGACACAAUCUUCUUUGGACACUCAUUUAAAAAAUAUAUGGGGAUCAUUUGAAUCUAUUGAUGGGCCUUCAGGGCCUUAUGAUGACGCGAAAGCGGUAGCGGAGAUGGUUGUGCUAUUCUUUGCAGACGAAGACCAGGUUUUAGCUGCAUUUUCGGGAAAGUCCUCAUGA